GUCCCAAUCGACCAUUACGCUCUACACCUCAUUCUGAGUCAUACAGAUUUUCUUUUGUUACUUUUUUUAUUGACCUUUAUUGUUCUCCCCCUAUUCCUAUCGUUUGGUAUUUGUCGUAUAGUUCAUUUGGUUUGUAAACAAAGGAAGUAGAAUUAUUUUUUUAUUUUUAUAAAAUUAUUUAGUUUAUAUAAAUAUAGCUAUCAAAUAAUUUCCUACCACAUCUCCCACAUUGAUUUAACUGUGUUCCGAUAUUGUAAUUUCCCUUGUUGAGUUGACACAUUUACAUUAUGGCUGAUAAUUACAUGCAGCCCGUUAACAAUCAUUUUGCGUUUGAGGACGUAGAUGAUAAUGUGUUUUUGAGCAGACGGCGGACGAACAAUGGAAACCUAGUUAAUAGCUCCGUGGAUAACAGUAUUGAUCGUAGUCCAAGCUUUGAAGACAAACGUCUGCUGUCCUACCAAGAGAAACGUCGGGAAAUUGAGAAUAGGAGUUUGGAAUCGACUCAAAGAUCGUUGGGGUUGCUCUACGAUACAGAACAAAUUGGAAAUGAUACGGCAGUAGAAUUGGCAAGACAACGAGACCAACUUGAGAGAACCGACAAAAACUUGGAUGAUAUAAAUGCCACGCUGAGAUACAGUCAACGUCAUUUGAAUAGCAUAAAAAGUGUUUUUGGCAGCAUCAAAAAUCACCUGUUCGGAACUAGGGAGACGAAUGUGGCGACAAACAAUGAAAGGAAGUUGUCGACAAAUGUGAAUGCUCCCCAAGUGGUAACGGAAAAAGCCAAGCCCGUAUCCUCGCCAUCCAAUGACUAUGACCAGCAUCCUAUUUCACGUUUACGUGACGAUAUUUCUCAUACAAAACAGAUGACGUCGAAUCGACAAGAAAGGCCCAGCAAUCCAUUUGAAGUGCAACUGGAAGCAAACCUAAAUGAAAUGAGUGAAAAUUUAUCACGACUAAAAGGCUUGGCGACAGACUUGGGUUCGGAGAUUGAAUACCAGAAUGAAUUGUUGGAUAAUAUGACAUACAAAGUUGAAGAUGUUGAUAUGAAAUUAUCGCGCCAGAAUAAAGACAUCUCUAAGCUCCUGGGCAAGAAGUAGAUUUUGUGUUCGGACAAGAUAUUGAAAUAGAAUAAGUAGUAUUAGUAAACAAUCGCCGCUUUAAUAAAAAGUAUUGGAAUAAUUAAUUUAUAA